CGAUCGCGAAAUCAGUGCCGUCCCUUUGGCUAAGUCAAGCUAGUCCGUCAUGGCGACCCUGAGGCAGUUGGGUUUCAGCACAGCCCUCUUGUAAAUCUAUCGUACGCUUCCCCCUGCAACGUGGCUGCAAGAGCAGCUCGCGCAGGCGGUUCACUAAGGACUAUUUCAAGAAAGCGGGAGAACGUAAAACACAAAAAGAGAAAGGAGAAAGCGGACAGGCAGGCGUUGCCGAGGGAUUACAGUAGAUUAAAUAAACAUGGGGGAACCAGAGCCAAGACCAGGUUUACGCCUGGGAGCACAGGAGAGCAUGGGAAUCAGCACAUUGGAACCAGGGCAGAGGCCUCCCACCAUGCCUCCUGGCAGACACGUCUCCAUUAAGGUCCAGAUGCUUGAUGACACAGAGGAGGUGUUUGAAAUAUCACAAAGAGCCCCAGGGAAGAUCCUUUUUGAUCUAGUGUGUAUCCACCUGAAUUUGAUUGAAGGGGAUUACUUUGGAAUGGAGUUCCAGGACCACCGUAAGAUGAGAGUAUGGCUGGACCUACUUAAACCCAUCAUGAAGCAAAUCCGAAGACCUCGGCACACUGUUCUCAAAUUUGUGGUGAAGUUCUUUCCUCCAGACCACACUCAGUUAUUGGAUGAACUAACAAGGUAUCUCUUUGCUUUGCAAAUCAAGCAGGAUCUAGCAACAGGAAAACUAAUUUGUAAUGAUGGCAGUGCAGCACUCCUUGUUUCUCAUAUUGUCCAGUCUGAAAUUGGUGAUUUUGAUGAAUCCCAAAACAGGCAGCAACUACUGAAGAAUAAAUAUGUACCAGACCAAGAGGCACUGAUGGAUAAGAUCAAUGAAUUUCACCGGCAGCAUUUAGGACAGACACCUGCAGAAUCAGAUUUUCAGUUGUUGGAAAUUGCUCGACGAUUGGAAAUGUAUGGUAUUAGACUGCAUCCAGCUAAGGACAGAGAAGGCACAAAAAUUAAUCUGGCAGUGGCACACACAGGGAUUUUAGUUUUUCAGGGCCACACCAAGAUCAACUCUUUCAACUGGUCAAAAGUUCGGAAGCUGAGCUUUAAAAGGAAAAGAUUUCUCAUCAAGCUUCGAUCAGACAUGAAUCAGAGUACGUACCAGGACACUCUGGAGUUUCUCAUGGCAAGUCGAGACUGCUGCAAAGUCUUCUGGAAAAUCUGCGUUGAGUAUCAUGCCUUUUUCAGACUUUUUGAAGAGCCAAAACCUAAACCCAAGCCAGUUCUCUUUAGCCGGGGCUCUUCUUUCAGAUUCAGUGGUCGGACUCAAAAACAGGUGCUUGAUUAUGUAAAAGAUUCAGAAUUCAGAAAAAUACCCUUCGAAAGGAAACACAGUAAGAUUCGAUCCAACACAAGCCUUUCACCACAGUCUAUAGAGCACAAAUCAGAAGUGCCAAAGCAAAGUGCAAGCUACACAUAUGGAGAUAAGACUGACUCACCAGCAGAGUCACCACGUCACAUAAAAGAAACUAUAGUCUGUAUGGAGAAUGUGGUGGGACAGCAGCAGCAAAGUCCAUCAUCCCUGAAGAGCUGCCAGGAGGAUAGGAGAUUGGAGUCCACAGAACAUGAGGUGGAUGGAGACGUCCAGGGGAAGACCCAUCUAAUGAAGCAGCAAGUGGAGCUCCCAAGCACAGGCUCUUUAACAAACAGCCCACGGUUAUCUGAGGCUUCAGUCAAUUCGCAAGGUCCACAGACAACCCAUAGACCAAUCCUGUCUCCAAACCUCAGCCCCGACGGCAGGCAACCAUCACCUCUUACGAGCCCUCUUUUAAAUGAUGCAGGCUGUGUUCGAACUGAUGAUGAGGAUGAAGUCAGAAGGAAGAGAUUUCCUACCGACAAAGCUUAUUUUAUUGCUAAGGAAUUGUUGACAACAGAAAGAACGUACCUGAAGGACCUUGAGGUCAUCACCAUAUUCUUUCAAAAGGCUGUGGCUAAAGAUGAAGCAAUGCCAGAAACACUGAGGAAUGCAAUCUUCUGUAAUACCGAUCCCCUAUACAAGUUUCAUACUGGAUUCCUAAAAGAAGUUGAGCAAAGACUUGCCCUCUGGGAAGGCCGCUCAAAUGCCCACAUCAAAGGGGACUAUCAAAGAAUUGGUGAUGUCAUGUUAAAGAAUAUUCAGGCAAUCAAGCAAUUAACUGUAAACCUCCAAAGGAACUCUGAAGUGUUAUUGGAGUUGGAAAAGGCCAUAAAGGCGUCACGCAAGUUAGAGGUAAUGUGUCGGGACUUUGAGCUGCAGAAGGUCUGCUAUCUUCCUCUGAACAUCUUUUUUCUGAGACCACUUCACCGCCUCAUGCACUAUAAACAAAUCUUGGAGAGGCUCUGCAAGCAUUAUGCACCUGAUCAUGUUGACUUCAGGGACUCCAGAGCUGCUCUGGCAGAGAUAUCAGAAAUAGCAGCUCAACUGCAUGGCACAAUGAUAAAGAUGGAGAAUUUUCAGAAGCUACUUGAACUAAAAAAGGACUUAAUUGGAUUUGAUGAGCUAGUGAUUCCUGGACGAGAAUUCAUUAGAUUGGGCUGUUUAAGCAAGUUAUCGGGAAAGGGCUUACAACAGAGAAUGUUUUUCUUGUUCAAUGAUGUAUUGUUGUACACAAGUCGAGGAAUGACAGCAACCAACCAGUUUAAGGUUCAUGGCCAGCUUCCACUCUUUGGCAUGACAAUCAGAGAGAAUGAAGAUGAGUGGGGAGUGCAACACUCAUUUACUCUGUAUGGACAUCGGCAGACUGUAGUAGUAACAGCAAGCUCUGCCUCAGAGAAGAGCAAGUGGAUGGAGGAUAUCAAAAUGGCUAUUGACCUUGCAGAGAAGUGUAGUGGACCUACUCUGGAAUUGUCAGCCAUGAGCUCGCCUGAUAACAAAUCUACAGAGGAGUCCAUUGUAGACCAGGAGUCUGAGGAUGACCUCAGUGCUUCGCGAACCUCCCUAGAGAGACAGCCUCCCCAUCGUGGUAACACCACGGUGCACGUCUGCUGGCACAGAAAUACCAGCGUUUCAAUGGUCGACUUUAGCAUUGCCGUGGAGAACCAGUUAUCGGGGAACCUAUUAAGAAAAUUCAAGAACAGCAAUGGAUGGCAGAAGCUGUGGGUGGUUUUCACAAAUUUCAGUUUGUUUUUCUAUAAAACGCAUCAGGAUGACUUUCCACUGGCCAGCCUGCCUUUGCUGGGUUAUUCCGUUACCAUUCCUUCUGAAACAGAAAACAUUCACAAAGACUACGUCUUUAAGCUGCACUUCAAAUCCCACGUCUACUACUUCAGAUCAGAAAGUGAAUACACCUUUGAAAGAUGGAUGGAGGUGAUACGGAGUGCUACCAGCUCAGCCAGUCGGGCCCGGAUUUUAAGCCACAAAGACCCCCAUAUGUAUGGAUAAGUAAACAUCACGGGUUGAAGGAAGACCUCCUGACAAGUGACCGCACACAUACACAAAACAUUAUGUGAAUCCAGUCGGUGGUGUGGCAGCGAGACAUGAAGUAGCUGUCUUUUUUAACUUAUCAUUAUUUCUAUGACAAGAAAACUACUUUUUUAUUAUUAAUGUUUUGAAUCAAGCAACAGGCUACACUCUACUGAGCUCCUGUAAUUUUAAAACUCCCAUUUUUGUUUUGAAAAUGUCUAUGGUACGUGUAAGUGUAUUUUGUAAUAUAUUUCCGUCUCUGACCGAACUGUUGAACCAGUCCUUUUUGGGGUUCUGAACUUUCCAGUGGGAACAUUUCAAUUUUGUUAGAGUUUGUGAGCCAUUUGAUGAUAAUAUUUUAUAACUCACUUUACUAUUUGUGAUUUUAUUUGAAAGGAAACUGUUAUGUUGAUUCUUCACUUCCACAUUUUGUGAGAUUUUUUUUUUUUGUAUUAUACUUUGCAAAAUGCAUAGAGUUUUCCAAAAAAAAAAAGAUCUUUUCAUUUGCUCGCAUUUCAAAGUCUGACACGAUGUUUAGUGCCAAAACAAAGUUUAUACCUCAGCCAAUAAAUUAGCUGUUUUCCUUUUGAAAAAUGUGAGGAGGAACUUAAUUUUGAAUACAGUGUUUUUCUGGUGAAAAUCAGAUUUGCGUAUUUUAAACUAAAAUUGAUAAUCUGUAUUUUUAAGUGAUAUUUUAAAAAAUCCCAGGUAAGCAUUAAUUGACCUUAUUGAUUGCAUUGCUUACACUACGUAUUGGCAUGGUUUUGACUGUAUUAAGAAACUAGAACAUUCCUCAGGUUUUUCAGUGGCUGCCAACAUUGACACAUGGGAGGAUCAGCAGGGCACUCUGGGUAGAAAGGAGCUGCUCUCUCCUGCCCGUGUAGAUGAGCCAGUAAAAGCAAAUUUGGGAAUGCGUUACCCACAAUCCAUGGAGUGUUUAAUAUACAAAUGAGUCAAUGCCUCCUUAAAACUACAGAAUAUAGACAAAGAGCAAUAAAACGUUUUGUCAGUAA